AUGUCCGUGCUGCUGCAAGUGGAUUUCCCCUUUCAAGGGCCCUUUGGGGAUGCGACAACGGAGGGGAUGCGGGAGCUGGCGCAUUCAAUCGCCCAUGAACCGGGGCUGAUAUGGAAGGCGAGCGAGCACGGAGCACGCUGUGGUCAAGACCAGGAGCGGGGGGAGGCGGGCGGUGUGUACCUCUUCUCAGACCGCGCUUCCGCCGAGGCCUAUAUGGCCAUGCACGAGGCGAGGCUGAAGGUUUUUGGCGUUCCGCACGUCAAUGUCAAGGUGUGGGCAGCCAGGGUUGGGGGAACACAGAUCAAGCAGGGUGCAGGGCAGCCCCACAAUCCACCUCCACUGACCCCCACCACCUGCUGCUGCAGUAUUUCGACGUGA